CUGCGCUGCAUGCAAACUUGCUCAGCUUGUCUACUGUUCAGCAAUUCCGUUUCAGUUCGCUGUGCGGUUACUUGUCAUUUUCACCCGAUUUUUAGUGGUAUUCUCGUGUGUGAGGUGUAUAUUAACUGUAAAUCAAUAUGAGCUGGCAGGAUUAUGUAGACAAACAACUCCUUGCCUCUCGUUGUGUAUCAAAAGCUGCUAUUGCAGGACACGACGGGAACGUUUGGGCCAAGUCGGAAGGAUUUGAAGUAACAAAAGAAGAAUUGCAGAAAAUAGUACAAGGUUUCGAUAACCAAGAUAUACUCACAUCAGGUGGUGUCACCUUAGCAGGAAAUAGGUACAUAUACCUCUCUGGUACAGACAGAGUAAUUAGGGCAAAAUUGGGUAAAUUCGGAGUACAUUGCAUGAAAACCACACAAGCCGUCGUCGUUUCCUUAUAUGAAGAUCCUAUUCAACCUCAGCAAGCAGCGUCAGUGGUAGAAAAGCUAGGUGAUUAUUUAAUUACCUGCGGUUACUAGAGGUGCGCAGCCGCUGAAAGAAGACCAUGCCAAGCGGUUCCGUAAUAAUAUAUAUAUAAAGUUGUAUUUUUUUUUUCAAAUAAUAACAGCGAACAGCAAUGUGUAUAUCGAGUGCAUCAUCAGUAUAAGUUUGAGUUCAGAGAACGUCAAUUUUGUGAAAUAUCUUAAAAUGAUUUCAACCGCAAUCAUAAUUUUCAUUAUUUCUGGGGGGUAGUGGAUUAUUUUAUAAGCAGGUGCUUUGUCUGCCCGAAAUAUUCAUUUCCCAGCACGCGUCGGUGCUUAUAAAAUGGUCGACAAAACUUCCCACGAGGUUCUGAAAUUUGUUUUUCAAUCAUGAAGUGAAACAAGUUCUGGAAACAUUUUAUUUUUUCCAACUAUGGUCUCAAUUUAUCAUUGUUUUUUUUUUAAAUAAUAUAAGAAUUUAUAAAAUGAAUGGCGUGUUUUUUAAUCAACUAGCAUCGCUGUGCCAAGUGUUGAAGAACAUGAUGUUUUGAAUUUAUUUAAUUAAAGCAUUUCAUGUUUGCUUUUCAUGAAACAUUGCUUUCAUCUCAGAAAAUAUUUGAUACUGAAGAACUUAUUCGAGUUAGGAUUUUUAAUAAAAAAAUCUCUAGUCCCGCUGUUAUCUUUCAUUCAAAUCAUCCUCGAGUCCUCCCCUGUUAGUAAUGUUAUAGUGUGAAAACUAGAUGUGAAAAUGAAAACUUUACCGCGGUGGUUCCAAUUAAGCACAAACAUAGCUGUUAAGAGAUGACAUUUGAGCCAUUCAACUUCGGUAAGGUUUUUUCGUACUAAACUACUGUUAAUUUCAGCUUCUUAACCAGUUCAUCGCCGCUUUAUCCACUACCCCCACAUCCAUCCCUCGCGACGGUUGGUGUAAACAAUAUAGAAAUUUCCUUUGGUUUUAACAACGAAACCCCGUUCAUUUCUGCGUUAAAAUUGUGAUAAUUCUUUUAGAUUAGGUCAAAUUCAGUAUUCCGCAUCUAUCGACGCGUCACCGUUACACCAAUCCAAACCCAGUAACGAUUUUUGUAAAAUCCGGACCUCUCGUGGGGUCCCUUGGAUCUUACGAGACUUGUUACAUGCUGCUGUAUCAUUGUUGUGAAGCGUUUGAAUGCUCAGAUCCUAUAUUGUAAGUCAUUAUAAUUUUUUUUACCUAUUGUUUUCAAUCGAAUUGUAGCUUUGUAAAAUUUUUCUGACAAUUCGCAGAAGGGAUAUUGUGUAUCAAGAUGAAAACAUAAUAAAUUUGUAUUAUAAAU